UGCUGGGUGUUGGUUUUACCCCUGCAAGAACACUUUUGAAUGCAAGAUCAUGACCGAAGAGGCUUUUGAUGUGACGGUGGUUGGCUCCUGUAUGACUGACUUGAUGAGCCAGGCACCAAGGCUACCUAAAGCCGGGGAAACCAUCCAUGGUCACAAGUUCUUCAUAGGCUUUGGAGGGAAAGGUGCCAACCAGUGUAUACAGGCGGCAAGACUGGGGGCCAAAACCGCCAUGGUCUGCAAGGUUGGUAAAGACUUCUUUGGAGAAAAUUACAUUCAGAAUUUCAAAGACAAUGGCGUACACACAGACUUUGUAGGCCAGACCUCUGACGCAGCCACAGGAGCUGCCUCCAUCAUUGUCAACGAUGCAGGCGAGAAUGCCAUCGUGAUCGUGGCUGGUGCCAACAUGCUGCUGGGCGGAGAGGAGCUGUGGGGAGCUCUUCCGGCCGUCAGUUGUGCAAAAGUUCUGGUGUGCCAGCUGGAGAUCAGCCCGCAGACGUCCCUGCAGGCGCUACGCAUGGCGCAGGAGAACAAAGUGAAGACAAUAUUCAACCCAGCACCGGCCAUUGCAGACUUGGAUGCAGAUUUCUACAGAGCCUCUGAUGUGUUUUGCUGUAAUGAGUCUGAGGCUGAGCUGCUGACUGGUUCCUCGGUAGCUAAUGUGGAGGAAGCACAUCGGGCCAGCCAGGAGCUGCUAAAGCGCGGCUGUGGAUCAGUCAUCAUCACUUUGGGACCCCAAGGCUGUGUGGUUGUCAAGGCACAGGGGUCUUCCUCCAAACAUGUUCAAACUACCGCAGUCCCAGCUGUGGACACUACGGUGAGCGUGACAUGAUACAUACAGAUAUAUGGUAAUCAUUUUUAGUUAAAAAAUAUCAGACGUUAGUGAAAUUAGCACAUCGUCACAUUUUAGUGGAUUGAACCAGAUCCAUCCUUAGCAUGUUUAGCCACACUAGCGGCAUGGCCUUAGGCAUCGCAAUAUCAGUCAGUUAAUCGUUCUGUCCGACACUGCGGUCCAGACUGUAAUAUCUCAACAACUAGUACCAUUAAAUUAUGUAUAGACAUUCCUGGUCCUCAGAGGAUAAAUCCUGCCGACUGCGAUGAUACCCUGAUUUUUCUUCUUGCGCCACCAUGAGUUUGACAUUUGGUGUUUUUUAGUGAAAUGUCAAAGUUGUGUUCGUGUUCACCUCAGGACAAAUUGGAAUCACUUUGGUGAUCCAUUAACCUAUCAUCAAGGGCCAUCAUCAGGUCAUUUUUAAAAAUGUGUCCAAUACUGUGUUCUAGAGCUGAAACUGUUCGGUGAUUAGACGAUCAACGGAAAAUUUACUAUUUUUUAUAAUCUAUUAAUCGUUUAAGUAAUUUUUCCAGCAGAGCCUUAGGAAAUCAGGAAUUUUUCACAGUUUUCUGCCUUUCUUUUAGACCAAACAAUGUUAAAAUCAGCAUGUUUAGUUUUGCCACUGUGAGCAUAUUAGCUUGUUGGCAAUAGCAUUUGGAUUCAGAUAUGUUUCCUGACUACGUUUUAAGUUAUUUCAUUCAUUGUUUGGUCUGUAUAGUGUCCAAAGAUUAUGAAAAUUCCCAUCACAAUAAGAUAUUUUAUUUGCAGUGAUAUGAGCUCGAGAUAUCCUCAAAUCUUCAUAUCGUAUGAGAAGCUUGAACCAUUUCCGGUAAUGCUCUAGAGAUGGAAAUGUGUAUAUAUAGAUAUUUUAAACAUAUUUAAAUAAAAUAAAUUGUUAUGUAAUAUUUUUGUAAUAUUUUAGAUAAUUCAAAUAUAGAAUUAUUAAUGACAAAAAAAAGUCACAUGUAUUUUUUUUCUUCAAUAGUAGGUUAUGACUUAUGACUGAGAGGAAGGCUGGUGGUAUUCGUUAAAAGGAACAUGUUUUAAAGAGAAAAUUAAAGCUGCGAGCAGCGAUGAACGGGCCCUCGCAAUCUGCAGCGUGUCG